GCUCUUGACAACACUGAUUUACAGUCCCAAUUUGAUAUGCUGACAGGACAAGCUUCAGCUUUGAUCCAGGGGAGAUGUUCACUGCUGCAACAUCUACUGUCAAUGGAUAGCUUUCAGCCAUGAAUGACAGCCUGUCAGCUAGAAAUUUGCAGAUGAAUGCAGCUGUUGAACGGAUGGCAUCUACCUCACAAGAGCUGGCGAAUUAUCAUUCUGGUGAUGCUGGACAAAAGGAGAAGGAGAAGGAGAAGGACGGUGCAGAUAGGCUGGGCAAACUGGGGGAAUAUUGAAGAAUUUUGCCAAGUUCAAGAUUUUGAAGAAAGUGCAUGGUGCACACUAAUUCAAAGUCUGCAGCAAUCAUUAUUUGCAUCUUUAACAACUGCACAGCCAAUACUGACACCUCGGCAAUUAGUAUUUCUUUUGCAUGCUAAUAUUGGACAUAAAAUGGUCCUGAGACGUUAUGCUGCCUUGUCUGCCUUUAAUGAAAGAACUUGACAAAAUGGAAAAGAUAAAUGCAAAACUCUCUGCUGCAGUCGAAGAGGUUACGCUUGAGCAUUGCAAGAAGAAUGAGAUUGUAAAACAUCAUUCUCAAGGGGUCGGGCUUCAAAGCCGUGUUUUUGUGAACUUCUUUUCCAAUCCUGAACUCCUGAGGAACCAAGUUAGGGAAUUAACAGCUUGUGUUAGAGCUUUAUAAGUUUCAUGAUACCAUACUAAUAUACCAUGAUACUCGAUUUCCCCACCUUUUUCCAUUCACAGCAUCUGUGGAUGUAUCUAAAGCUCUGUUGUAAAAAAUCCCAACAUUUAUGAUCCCUCACUGCCAAGACCAUAUGAAAUUGAAACGGUAGGCAAUUUGAAUU